ACUGUAGCUAACCUGAUCCGUUUUGAGUACCCCUGGGUUCAGGAAUUGGUUGACUUGGUUCUUGAGGCCGAGAAGGACAGCACCCUGUUUGGCCGAUAUAGUGUGAGGGAUAUCGCCUGGGGUUACGAGGAUCCCCUACUGAAGGCAGCAAAGGAUAUUCUCAAACGAUACAACCAGACCAUAGUCGACACAAUCGGACUAUUUUAUGGGACCAACAACACUGAUGACGGUCUAUAUAACAUAUACACAGGAAAAGAUGACGUCAGCAAGCUGGCCAUCAUCAAUACAUGGAAUGGAAUGAAGAAGCUCCCCUACUGGACAACAGACACGAGCAGAAUGAUCAAUGGAACAGACGGCACGUUUUUCCCACCUUUUGUGAAAAAAUCUUGGACGAUGUAUGUUUAUUCUACAGAUAUCUGCAGAGUUUGCCCCGAUAGUGGGUUCCCUGCCUCAUUUCUACACGGCUGAUCCGUCCAUACAACAGGCCGUUAGGGGACUCAACCCUAACCCGGACGAACAUCAGAC